AUGAAUGAAAAUAUCCAUACACGGCAACAAAUAUUUUCUAAAAUAAUUGAAUAUUUUAUUUUAUGUACUUUUAGCAAUUGGACAAAUAGAUAUGAGGAAAGUACGGCCACAAAUUGGUUUGCGGGAAUUAUUGCUGACAUAAAACUAGGAAUCAUGUAUCAAUAUCAAACUGAAGAUAGUUAUGUGUUUAUAUUACGGAUUGGGAGCAUUUCAUACAAAAAUGCUUCAUUUGAAGUUUCAGUGGAGAGCAAUUGCGAAGAAUGUAAUAGAACAGAGAAAAAGCCGUCUCAAAUCGGUCAUUAUAUCUAUGAUAUGUGUAAUACGAUAGUGGUUUAUCCCUCGGUAUUGCUUUUAUCUCAACUUUGUUGGCUAAAAUAUUUCUUGGGACCAAUUCAUACAUUUACAGCUAAGACAGGCUUCAACAUGCACAACUUGGUCUGCUUUAGUGAAACAUCAAAAAGGCAUCUUCCCGGAUAG